GAGGAGUGGGAGGCAACCAAGUCAGCUCCCAAUCCAACGAACGAGUCUAGUCAGUCCACCCUCCUCACGCACCAGUCACUACAUCUUUUCCCUCUUUCCGUCACUGACACGUGGAGCCACACAGACAACGGGCCCCACAUGUCAAUGGACUAACUGCCCUGCCCCACGUCUGUCUCUCGUCGCCGUAUAUAUCAAUGGCGAACCCGGAGGCGCUUCCCCACCAUUCCCUCCACUCCAACGACAACGACGACAAAGCAGCCCACCGAGAACACCAUGGCCGCCGCCGACCCGCCGUCGCCCACAGGGAUGGGCUUCUUCGGCAUGCUCAGCUUCCGCCGCAGCGCAACGGCCGUCGCCUCCUUCGACCCCGCGCAGGAAGACGAGCUCCUCGCCCUCCACGCCCUCCAUGCCCACGUCGCCGACCGCCUCGAAGCGCUCUCCUCCCACGCCCAGCCCCAGGGCCCCGUCCUCUCCCUCCCCUUCCUCUCCAAGCUCCUCGACGCGGUCCUCUCCUCCUCCGACGCCUUCCGUGCCGUCCUCGCCCUCGCCCCCGUCGCCGCCGCGGUCUCCAGGCCGCCCGCCGACCGCCUCGCCGCCGACCUCCUCGACCGCUCCAUAAAGAUGCUCGACGUCCUCAACGCGGCCUCCCUCACGCUCGCCUCGCUCCGGGGCGCGCACCGCGCCGCGCUCACCGCCGCGUCCUGCCUCCUCGCGCCGGCGCUGCACCGCGCCCACUUCGCCCGCGCGCGCAGGGCCAUCGCGAGGAUCUUCCCCGACGACGCCAAGGCCGGAGCCACCGCGCCGUCCCCCUCCUCCCGCACCAUGCGGGCUCUCUCCGUCAGCGUGUCCAAGAACUGGUCCGCGGGGCGCCACAUGAACGCCAUGGCGGCGCACCUCGCGCCACCGCCGCAGGUCCCCGCGGCCGCCGCCGCUGGAGCGGGAUGCGGGCUCGGUCUGGCCCUGUACACCAUGAGCUCGGUCCUUGUGUUUGCCAUGUGGGCGCUUGUCGCCGCGGUGCCGUGCCAGGACCGGGCGUCGGCGGCUAUCAGCCCGCCGGUCGCGCCCCCCAAGCAGGCGCAGUGGGCGGUGCCCAUGUCGUCGCUCCAGGAUCGGAUCGCGGAGGAGUGGAGGCGGAGGGAAAAGAAGGGGUCGUCCUCCGGUUCUGCUGCCACAGCAGGGCUCCUCGCCGAGAUGCAGGCCGUGGAGCGCGCCGCGCGAGACCUAAACAGCCUGCUCGAGGAGAUCGCUGAGGAGGAAGAGGACGAACAGGCCGCCGUGGCGAUCGUCAGCGAGGAGCGCACCAGGGAGGUCACGGAGCAGGCCGAGGAGCUCGCUGCGGCGUGCCGGGCGCUGGAGGACGGCCUCGCGCCUCUGGAGCGGCAGGUGCGCGCGGUGUUCCACCGCGUGGUCGCCUGCCGCGCCGAGGUCGUGCGCUGCAUGGAGCACGUCCCGCGCACUGCCAGCAGCAAUGCCGCGGCGUCCGCGUCCGGCGUACCGCCGCCGCAGCACCACUCCUUCUGAGGCAGCACCGGCGAAGGAAAACCCGGGAUGGUCGUUGGCAGUUACUUAACUAGGGAGUGUGCUGUGGGGGUCAAAUUAUUGUUUCCAUUCUUUGAUUUGUGCUGCAAAAACUUGUUGUGUGUCCAGUCCUGUAGAUCGAUGUGCCUGUAAAAACUAACAUCUUGUUGGAUUAUUGUGUGUACGUAUUGCUGUGAAUGCUGAAGAGCAGAGGAGAAGAGAUUGUCGUAUGAACUCGUGUUUCUUUCUUCUUGAAAAAAUAUUGACUUGUUUCUCUUCUUUUGUUGA